AUGCAAGAGCUCGAUAAACUCAUGGGUAAUCCCGAGCAUAAAGACAUCUUUCAGAAUCAACUACAGAUCUCCGACGAGGAAAUAGAGUCAGACGUUGCAACCGACGUAGCAAGAACCUAUCCCUCAUCAGACUACAAAAAGAAAUUGAAAUCAAAACAACUUAAAAACUGUAAACAAUCUUUAUAUAACGUUUUAAAAGCAUAUGCAAAUUAUAAUAAUGAAGAUUAUUUCUUUUGGGGAUCGAAUUCAAAUGGUAUGGCUAUUGAAGUUUUAUUUAGAUUAUCUAUUGCACUGUUGAAACUUUUGGAACAAUAUUUGCUGUGUGAUGGACUGUCGCAAUUCUUUGAUACCAUUAGGAAUAAGACACCGACUAUCGAUCCAUUGGAGUUGGUCUAUCAAGCAAAGGACGUUGUACUCACCGACGAAACCACAAAGUUUCUACGUGACAAAGUCACUGCUCUCUCUGUACAGGAAGACGGAUUAGUUCUCAAUACAAUUUCACCUGAUACCGCCGCAGCUAAAAAUAAUAAUAUUAGUAAUGGUAUUAAACAACAACAGCAACAAUAUUUAAAACAACAACAACGACAACAACGACAACAACAUGAUAAUAAUAAUAAUGAUGAUGAAGAUUCAGAGGAUAUAGAAAAUCUAUUGGUUAUAAGUGACGAUGAAGAUUCAAUAGAUUCUUUAGAGGACAAUGAGCUAUAUUCAGAGGAUUUCGAUAGAGGUGGAAAAUGUAUAAUCAACUAA